UAAACAUAAAACGGAAAAAAAAUCUUUAGGAAAUGAAAAAUCAAAAUCAGUUCAUCAUAAAUCUCUUUUGUUGGUCGGUAGUGAAGGUAUUUUCGCGUUCGCGAGUAAUAUCGUCGAUUUAAAUGUGGAAAAAAUGACGUGCUAAGUGUUUGAAAUCGUGAAAAUACUCCGUUCGUGUACUCAGUUCGCGAUGCUAAAAUUAAAAUACUCCGUAGUCAAAUGUGAAUUGUAACAUGUAGUCGAUCUAGUCGACGAUUCGUGAUACUUAAUUUUUAAACCAUACUCGUACCUCAAUUUGCGCGUAGUUUGUUAUGGUGUAAAAACAUGUGAAUAAUAAUGCCUGCGCAGAGUUUAUUAUCAAUGCAUAACCGAUACUUGAACGGUGUUCCUUUGCCUUCGGGCCGGAAACCUUUCAGAUCCAAAGAGAGAUACUUAAUCAUCAUCGUAUUCUGUACAUUAGUGUUAAUGUUCUGCGGUACCUUUUUCUACUUACCAGAAUUACGACCAAGUUACGGUGCCAGAGAAUCUGUAUAUAAAGUUUACAAACACGUACAAGAAGCUGGCCCAGAUUUACUCAUACCAGCGCCUCCUUUUGCCGAAGAAGUCAAAGGCAACAGGAACCUGAAUCGACAUUAUAAUUCGCACAACGAGGUAGAUCCUCACGUACUAGAAGAUAGACAAAAGUUGCAAGCCAAGAUUGUCGAAGAAGAGCAACGAAAUCAGAAGGUUUUAGAACGACCUGAUAUUGCUGUGAUAAAUAAAGUACCAAGCUCCAGCCUAAGCGUGAAUCCUGGACCACAACCUCAAACAGGGGACCAAAGUGUUGGCACUAUUCCUCCUGCUAAAAAUCAACACUACCCUGUUGUCGUGGGAGGCGAAGAUAAAGAUGAAGAUAUACGACAGAAACGCAACAAAGUGGUCGAGAUGAUGAAGCACGCUUGGGGUAACUACGCGAAAUACGCGUGGGGUAUGAACGAGCUAAAACCGUUGUCGAAGAAGGCUCACAACAAUAGCGUAUUCGGUGCUGCUCCUUUGGGUGCGACCAUUGUCGAUGGCCUGGAUACGCUGUACAUAAUGGGCUUGCACGAUGAAUUCAAACGUGGUCGUGAUUGGGUCGCCGAGAAUUUGAAUUUCGAUAACAUCAAUCAAGACUUAUCGGUAUUCGAAAUAAAUAUCCGUUUUGUCGGCGGACUGCUGUCCUGUUACGCUUUAACUGGCGAUGUUCUGUUCAGAGAUAAAGCGGAACAAGUAGCCAACAAAUUACUUCCAGCAUUCCAAACUCCUACCGGUAUUCCGUAUUCUCUAGUCAAUUUUAAAACUGGUUAUAUUAAGAAUUACGGCUGGGCUAGUGGUAGCAGUAGUAUAUUAUCGGAAUUCGGUACUUUGCAUUUGGAAUUUUCUUACCUGUCUGAUGUUACUGGGAAUAAUAUUUUCAAAGAGAAGGUCGAACGGAUACGUAAAGUUUUGAAAGAUACCGAGAAGGUCAAAGGAUUGUAUCCUAAUUAUAUGAAUCCCAAGACUGGCAAAUGGGGACAACAUCACAUGUCGAUGGGCGGUUUAGGCGAUAGCUUCUACGAGUAUUUACUAAAAUCGUGGAUCCAGAGUGGCAAAGAAGACGAAGACGCUAAGGAAAUGUUCGAAGAUGCGAUGGACGCUGUUCUGAAACACAUGUUACAAACAUCCCCUGGAGGACUUAUGUACAUAUCUGAUCUCAAAUACGACAAACUGGAACAUAAAAUGGAUGCGUUGGCUUGUUUCUCUGGUGGAUUGUUCGCGCUGGGAUCUCAUACGUUGCAAGAUGCGAUGUCCAAAGACUAUCUAAAAACUGCCGAAGGUAUAACGAAUACGUGUCACGAAGCGUAUAACAGAUCGUACGUGAAAUUAGCUCCGGAAUCGUUCAGAUUCAUCGAAUCGGCCGAAGCUAAAGCGGUCAAGAGUAACGAGAAGUAUUAUAUACUCAGGCCGGAAACGGUCGAGUCUUACUUUACAUUGUGGAGAAUUACCAAAGAUCCCAAGUAUCGCAAAUGGGGAUGGGAGGUUGUUGAAGCAUUAGAAACGUAUUGCAAAGUAGACGGUGGCUAUUCCGGUAUCAGAAACGUAUAUCACGCUGUGCCCGUCAAAGACGACGUCCAACAGAGCUAUUUCGUGGCAGAAAUGCUCAAGUAUUUAUACCUUCUAUUCAGCGACGAUUCGUUAAUAUCGCUCGACGAGUGGGUUUUCAAUUCGGAAGCUCACCCUUUACCGAUCAAAGGACACAACGCGUAUUACAGACCGAAAAUCGAAUCAUCUUAAAACCGCUGAGAAAAUACCCUCAACGAGAGAUACGACGAUGGAAUUAUUUUCCUAUAAUACCUACCUUAUAUUCGAUAUAACUACGCCGCUGUUUUUUUUUAACUCGUAAUUUUCUCCUUUAUAAAACUCGAAUCGGAGUUCUGUAUUCGUACAAAAAAUGUCCCGCCUGCUGUGCAGUGGAUUUUUUUCUUUAAAAGCUCGUCUACGAAGGUCCUGAGGAUCGAGAAUAAUACGUCAGGCUGAGGUACCAGACACGUGCUGAGAAUUAAGAUAUUACGUAUAUUUGACGCUGGUCGUCGCUGAAAAGACUCGCGAGAAGAUCGAAAACUACAAAUAUUAUUGAGAAAAGCGUAACCGACGAUAUACUUGUUAUAAUUUUUUUUUUUUGUUUCUUCGUUGUUUUACCGUAUAAUUUUAAUUACUGUUUUAUAUUACCUACCUUGUAAGAUUGUGUAUUUAGUUGCAUUUAAUUUAUAAGUAGUCCAAUUUUUUUUUCUCUCGAGAAUGUUAAGACUUUAAGUGAAUAAUUAUUCUGCGAAGGCUGUAAAACUUAAUUUUUAAGAACACAGCGACCGAAUUGCAAAUGUUAAAAAAGGCCGCGAAUGGAAUAAUUAAUACUCUAGCGUUACUCUUUGUAUUCGAUAUACAAAUUUAUAUUCUUCCUAAUUCGUGUAUUAUUUUAUAAAAAAAUUACUACGUGGUUUUUAUUUUUUUCUCUCUCUCUAUCUGUAUCUUUGUUUCGAUUUCUUCAUCUUUCUCUUUUUCUCUCUCUAUAUGUUUUGUAUAAGAUUUUUUUUUCGUUUUUCUUUCUCUUUCAUUAUUUCUUUUUCUUUUUCGUAUGACAGUGAUUGUGAUCUUUAUGUCGUAUUACCAUUAUUGUUGUUGUUGCUAGCUUUUAAAAGGGCUUUUUUUAUUUUUUAGUUUAUUGUUUUUUUUUUCCUUUCAUUUAUUAUGAUUAUUAUUUAUUGCUUUUACUUAUGUGUGUGUGUGAACAUUUUUUAUACUCGAAACGAAACACCAGAAUUGGUUUUGAAUGAACGAGACCCCUUUUAUCGGAUUAGAGUUAACGAUUUAUAAAUUUUAAUUAGCUGAUUAACCAACGUUUUGCUCUUAUUGGUUUACUUAUGUGGUAUGAUAAGCUCUCGAUUGAAAAAAAGAGAUUAUGGUUUGGAAAUGGCAACGUCGAUGUAUCAUUUUGUUUACGAAAGGUGACUUUUUAAAAUGUGAUAUUUAUUUCGAAUUAUUAGACGGAUGAUUUGAAAUUUAUAUUGCCCUGUGAAACUUGCGACUCGAACAAAAGAUUACCAAGUAUACUCGAAUGUACGACGUGUGUGUGCCCUCUCUCCCCUCCUUCCUUGCCUACUUUGAAAGAGGAUAAUGUAUCUGGGUAUCUUCUUAUUGAACCUAUUUUCCUACCAUAUGUGAACGGAUUAACAAUUUUUGUAAGAUUAAAAUUCAUACUUAUCUCUCAUUUUACUUACUCGAAAUUUCUUGGCGAAUAAGUUUUUCAUUUUACAUAUGAUUUUCAUCUAUUUUCCUUACAUACUUAUUUUUUGGGUACAAUUUUUUCCUAUUUUUAUUUUAUUUUUCGAUGCAGAUGCAGAUGCACAUCGCUAAUGAUUAAUUUUUUAAUUUCUACUUCUGGUUCGUUGAACGAUUUUUUUUUUAAAUUUAGGUUUUCUGUACUUCAUUGAAAUACUUACCUAGUAUUAAAAUUUAAGAACCAUAAACCAAUUCAUUUUUACCAUCGACAUUCCUUUCUAUGAGAUUAGUUGAAUGGUGAAAUUUCCCUAUAACAAGUGUUUUUGAGCAUUGUAAGGAUAAAGAACAUCUCAUUAUAAUCUCUAGUGAAAUCAGAGGAUGUUGUGAAUUUUGAAAAAUACAAUGAUACGUUGAAUAGGAAGUCUUCCUCGUCACGAAAAAUCACGUGAAUGAUUUUUUUAAGUGGGUAAUUUUAUUUUACUAAUGAAAAAAUGAGAAUGAGGAUAACCGAGUAUACCCAGACCGAACUACUGUAUCAGGGAAUUUAAAUGCAAGAGUAAUUAAUUUACUUACUGGUUGUUUAUUUCUAUAAGAAAAAGAAAUAUACGUGCUAAAAGUUUGUUUGUUUGUUUGUUUUUUUAAUUCGUAACUGGACGCAUUUUAGAUGUGGUCGCAGUCGAUGAUGAGAUAGUUUUGUAUGUUGUAUAAGUUAUGCCCUCUCCCCUGACCCCCUCCGUCUGAUUGAAAAAAUGUAUAAUUUUUCUAUAAUGAUUGUUUUCAUGUGUAUUUGUUUGUAGUCUAUGUACUUUGUUGAGAACGUGAAUAAAAUGUGUAAUUAAAAA